AAAUAAAUUAGCACUUCAGCUGUUUAGCGCCUAAUUUUGGCUUGAGGGGCAUUCUGUCGUGGAACUUUAAAAAUUUGAAAGCUCUACAGAUUCGCGUUUUAAUAUGACCGAUUUGGAGCAAUUUGACGGACUUGGUUUAUCCACUUAUCUCAUAAGAAAGUUGCAAAAGAAGUGUAUUUUUACCAGAUAUGAAUUGCUCAUUACAAGUAAUGCGGAAUUAAUGGAAAUUACGGGUCUUACGGAAGCCGCCAUAUUGGAGUUAAAAGAAAAAAUUGGRAAAGACUUCUUCCACCUUCAGCAAAGUAAUUUGAAUAAUUGGAAAACGUAUACGAAAAUUUACAACACCGGUAUAGAAAACAGGUUAGACAUUCUGUUGGCUGAAACACCGCUGAAAACCGGCAGUAUAUGGGAAAUAUGUGGCAAGUCGGGCGUGGGGAAAACUCAAUUGUGUCAUACAAUUGCUUUCAAUUUUGCGGCACAAACUCAAGGCACAGUUUUAUACAUAGAUACAAAAUGCGACUUUUCUGGUACGCGUAUAAUGGAAAUGUUACGCUGCCGUCAUGUACCCAAUAAUAUUUGCGGGCGUAUAAUGCAAGAUAUCUUAGUUGAGCGCACAGGAACUGCCGAGGGUUUGUGCGAAAUACUAGAAAGGCUUGAUUUGCAAUUGAAUGCAGGUGCUGAUGCUGACGGCGGUAAUAUAAAAUUGGUUAUUAUCGAUGCAUUACCGGCUGUGUUUUUUAAAUAUCGCAGCGAAUUGAACCAUCUUAAAGGAAAAUAUUUGCUGGCAAAACUAAACAAUUUAGUUUACCAAUUAUCUAAAGAGCACCAUAUUGCUUUCGUCUACGUUAAUUUGUUAGUCAACAUUGAGGAAGAACAACAAGUACCUGAAGAUAUGGAUAACGAAGAAAUGAGCGAGCCAUAUGAAAUGCCAUCCGCUUCCCUAAAUCUCGCUGGCUGUGUAGGCAUGCGUCCAGCUCUGGGUGAAUAUUGGAAUCGCGCACCCCAUUUACGCUUAUCAUUGGAAACGCCACUAGACAACACUUCAAUAACAAAUGAGCGCAUAUUGAGAGUAAUAAGGAGUUGCUACACUGCUGUAGGCACCACGUGCAAUCUUCAUAUCACAACUGCGGGUGUUUCUUAAUUUAAAAUGAAUUAUAUGGAAGCAGCAUGCAAAAUGUAAACCAAAAUGUCAAAUGCUAUACCGCAAUCAACGGAAAAUGGAAAUAAUUUACAAUCCCGUGC